CGCUGUUUAGGGUGGUGAGAUGGGACUGACAAGCUGUCUCUCUGUUUGGCACACAUCAAAAGAAUGACACAUAAGAUAGGAUUCACCGUUAUCAGCUGGUCUGGCCAUGAGGAAAAUUAUAGUGCCAAAGAGUUGAUGGUCCAUGCUCCCACUGUGAAUGGUUGGAGGUCUGCCAGGUUCUGCAGGUACCCUCAGGAGAUCACAUUGCAGAUGGUGGAGAGAUGCCGAAUCAGAAAGCUACAGUUGUUGGCCCAUCAGUACCUGAUCUCAGCCAAGGUUGAGUUCCACAUUGGGGACAGGCCACUAGAUGCUGCCUCCUCCCAGCAGUUUGGUAGACUUGGGUACGUAUCACUUUCAAAUAAUGAGAAGACGGGAUUCAGAUCACGAGAACUAAAGUCAGUGCAUGUAGAUGCCACUGGGACAUAUCUGAAGCUUACCUUUCACCGAAAUCAUGUUAAUCAAUACAAUCUCUAUAACCAGGUUGCAUUGGUGGCUAUAAAUAUAUUAGGUGACCCAGUGAACUGCAGUGACGUCAGCCCAAUCCCAAGCAGAGAGCAGCUGAUCGACCAGUAUCUCAGUAGGACACAGCACAGCUCAGCAUUGGAUGUAAAUGGCUCAUACAUGAGGUAUAAGUGUGAGUCUAUAUCCCCACUGGAUGACUUGGCAUUUGACAUGUAUCAGGACCCAGAGGUUGCCCACAUAAUUCGCAUGCUAGAUGAUAAGAAACAAGAAAUGGUCCGAUUAGAGAAAUAUGACCUGGCCAAAGAGCUCAAGCAGGCUAUUGCAGACCUGCAGAAGGUGGGGGAGCGUCUGGCCAGGUAUGAUGUGGAGAAGCACAGUGCCAUAGAGAGAGAGGACUAUGACACAGCCAAGCAGAAAAAAGAGCAGAUGGAGUCUUAUAGACUCAGGGUCUACCAGCAGCUGGAGCUACAUGACCUGCUCGACAUGGGGCAGUUCCAGAGAAAGUCACAAGAUGGUACUGACUGUGGUGUCCCUUCUCCUAAUCUAUGGCCCCUCAAACAUACCACAUGUCUUUCUGAAACACCAAAUAAGAGCAAACAUGGACGACUUUUGAUGGAGCAGGAGCCGAUUACACCUAAAGCAACGAGCCCCCAGUAUAUCCAUGAAGCCACUGCCUGCUUAUUAUCUCACAUCCCAAAGACAGAGGUCAGCUCCCUGCCAUACGAUGAGAGGCCUCUGCCUGCACUGGGGAAGAGAUCAGGAGAGCAGUCACAACCUUGGCCCGAACAAACGCCUGCUCAUUUGGACCCCAGCACUCCACACAAUCCCGGGGUCACUGGUGAACCAGAGCCUCUCUCAGAGAAAGCCCAGAGAGAGGCCAGUCUGCCCAUAGAGGUCUACGGGGACCGUCUGGUGUCUGGGGCAUAUUCAAAAACCUGGUCCUAUAGAGAGGAUGCACUACUCGAAGUGUACAAGAAACUGGCAGAGAUUCCAUCGGGAACCUCUAAAGCAGACCUGAGGAACCUGAUGAGAGGAGCAGUCUUCCUCUGUAAGAAAGCUGUCACAGAUAAAGUCUCAUCUGUGUUUCAGGCAUCACUGAAGCUGCUGAGGAUGAUUCUGCGAGAGUUUGUGUCCUCCCACCAGCUGGGCAGAUCUGAGAUCACUUACUGUGUGGAGCAGACAUGGCCAGACCUUCUCUCCCGGACCAGCGAGUCCACCCUGAGGCUCCGGAUGCUGGCCAUCUCAUUCAUACAGGAGAUGGCUCUGUAUAAGGAGGUUCGGGCUUUGCAGAUUGUUCCUGCCGAGUUGGUGAAGCCCAUGAAGAGGAGCAUGCCUGCACGGCUGGCCUUCAGCCGCCUGGAUAUUCUGGAGAAGCUUCUGGAGAAGCUCGGCACCGGUGACUCAGGCUUCACUGUUGACAACGUCAUGCGGUUUCUGGCAGGUGCAUUAGAGCACAGCGCGGGGUCGGUGCGUGAGCUGGCUGUAUGCAUCGUGCAGGCCAUGUACCGCCUCCAUGGCUACGUGGUACGAAAUUACUUGCCAUCUGAAGAUGCCAGCACACGUAAGAACGUCCUCUACAAAAACCUCUUCGACUCUUUUGCCGAGAUAGACGGAAAGGUUCUAGACUCGCAGGCAUCGAAGGAAGGAAGGACACAUCUGGGGGAGGGAGAGAGAGAGAAAGAGGAGAUCAAGAGCCUUCAGGAACAACUGGCUGUCCUGAAGGAGAUCAGUGAGAAGGGAAACGACAAAAAUAAAUCACCAGAGAGAAAAGCUGAGAAGCCAACUAAUCCGGGUGUUAAAAAGGGGACAUAUUCCAUUUCUGCUGAUACAAAAGAGAGUCAGUCAGCUGUGUCAAACUACAUGGACAAUCUCUGUAUAUUCUGUGGGAAAAGAGCCAAGUCCUUUACAGAAGAGGGCUUGGACCUGCACUACUGGAAAUAUUGUCCAAUGCUGUACCGAUGCCUAAGGUGCAAACAGGUGGUAGAGAUUGCAAGUCUGACAAAGCACCUGAUCUCAGAGUGUGAACACAGAGCAAAUUUUACCCAGUGUCCUCGCUGUUCGGAGGCCAUCAUCAGAGACGAGCUGACUGCGCACAUUCAAAGCACUGGCUGCAACCCUCUUCCUGCUUCUGUGUCCAAUAGGAUCUGUAACCAUUGUCCUUUAUGCCAUGAGAACUUCCCUCCAGGAGAGGAGGCCUGGAAAUCUCACCUCAUGGACAGCAGAGUGGGCUGUAAGCAGAACACGCGCAGGGCAGUAGCACUGCAUCGAGCUCAGACACAUGCACAAGAGAAGGCAAUUGGUAUAGCCACCACAAAGCCAGCAGCGGCAGCAGCAGCAGCCGCAGUGUCUGUGUGUAAAGGCAGAGGGGUUGGGAGGAGAAGGGACCGUGCCCCUGCACCUGCCCUGCGGCCUAGCAGGACCAGCCGCAUCAUUCCGGGCAGCGCCCCAAACCACAGACCCAUCCAAACGGUGACAUACUGACUCUGGGAAGAGCCUUUAACCUCUCAGAGGCACUUAUGUGAAAAAAGAUUUUUCAUAACUGGAUUAAAUGCAAAUAUACAACUGGGCAAAUUAACCUAGCAAAGUAUUAGUAUGUUAAGAAAAUCAGUUUAACUUAUAAAUAAUCUAUACCAGUAACCAGUGAUUGGCCAUAUUACGUACUAUAUGAAAAGUGUAGUAUAUGUCAGUGUCAAGGCAAAGACCCCUGGAUUACAGCAGAAGGCCAUGCAGUGCUGUUCUUUAGCAUCUCUACAAUGUUAUAUAUGUUUAGGUUUUUUAAACACGUUGUUUAGAUGAUUGGGUUUAAAAUUCUAUUGUUGUACUUGGUAUUUAUAGUUGUUAGUUUGGUGUAUUUGGUGUGUGGGUGCGUCUGAUGAUGUGUACAUUAAGCACUUUCCAAUUUCGGGCUUUUUAAAAUCUUUAAACCUUUUAAACCAUGUAAGUAGUCUGAUGGUGAAAAAUGGGCAAGUAUACUAAAAACACCCUGAUACCCUGUUGUGGCUAAAAAUUACCUUAAAGCUGGCAUGAUAAUCAUCCACUGAUGUUACUAAGGUAAUGUCUACAGCAUACCACAGAGUGUUCUUUUAAGCAGACACAUAAUCAUAAGACACCUUUGAAACAUGAUUCUGAAAAUGAAAGUGAAAAAUAAAUAAUAAUAAUGAUAAUAAUGUGACAUUAUUUUAUAUUUAAUACAUAUUAUUGGGAUUUGGUAAUUUAAUGUUAAUGUUACGUACUUUAUAUCAAAUUACAGGAGAGUGAGUUUUCUACUGAAAUUUGAGAACUUGAAAACUUAAGACUCAUAAUUUGUUUUCAGUACAAUGACUUAACUUCAUGUUUUCCACUUGGCACUUUACUUGGGACUCAAAUGUGAAGGCUUCAUAUCUUUGAUAUCUUCUUUAAAGCACUUUAUAGACCUUCUUUAAAAAGUGCUAUAUAAAUUAUUAUUAUUAUUAUUAUUAUUAUUAUUAUUGUUGUUGUUGUUGUUGUUAUUGUUAUUACUUCUACUACUGCUGCUGCUUCUACUACUAGGCCACAUCUCUGCUGAUGAGAUUUAUAGAUUCCUUUUUUUCCUGCAUAAAAAUGAUCAAAUAAAUAAAACAGCCACAUGAAUGAGUACUGACCAAAUAAAUACACAGUGACCAAUAAAUGAGGCUUGUUUAAAGAAGGCUGCUUUUUGCUGGAUGGGGAAUACACUACAUUUCUGAAUGGAGACCACAUUUACUGUCUAAACAAUUUUGGCACAGUUGCCAAAUCCACUCAGAGAACAACAAAUAGGGUUAGUAUCAUCCCCGUCACUGGCUACUCAAUGAGUACUUGAUUUUACAGAAUUCAUAGAGUUUGUAAAAUGCACAGCGUGCAUACUCAUACAUAAAAAGCAGCUGAAUGCUAUAGAUACUUAUUAAAAAACAGCAGUUGUGUUUUAAAAUGAUCUGUUAAAAUGUUUAAAAUGAUCUGAGUUUGCAGAGCUGUUAUUUUUCAUAUAUAGAGAGAUUCCAGAGAGUAACUGCGGUGUACUCUUGUAAAAUACAUAGAGGCAGUCAAGUUUCAGUGAAGUUGACAAGAAUUUCAGAGAAACAGGACAUUUUGGAUAGAGGUUCAUGAGCAGCAUUGCCAGCACUUGCUAAAUCUCUGUCCAAAAUGGUUUCUAUGGAAACCCUAAGUAGUAGAAUUUUUUUCCUCCUUGUUAUUUGUACCUAGUAGUGCCUAUUAACUAUGGAAACAAAGGAAUGUUUCCUAACAGGAACUACAUUGCUCCAAAAAAAUGCUUGUUUUACAAGAACUGCAGGGUUAUUUUCAUUUAUAUAAAUCCAGUGACCUUAUAUGAGAUUGUGGACUCUCACAAGAUUAAACUAUUGUAUUACCUAUGACUUACCAGGCCUAAGAGUGAGUUCAUUCGUGAUUACAUAUUUUUGAUAGAUGGAAUACCUGAAAUAUUUUGUGCCCUACAGCAUUUCAAGGAGAAACUGUGGGUAAAGUCACUUGUUGCUCAUGAAUCAUGUAGUGAUGUAUUAAUUGAUAAAAAUGAAAAUCAUUGUAUUUAAAUGUAGUUUUAAUACUUAUAAAACUUUGAUGUGUAGUAGGAAAUUUAUUCAAGUAUUUCUGUGUGCUAAAAAUAGUAUUUGUAUGUUUUAAACUGAGGAUAGUGUUCAUUUGACAGCAAAUUACCAUAAAACAUCAUGUCAUAUAGCAAGCAAAUGUGUACAUUUGACAACGCUUGCACCAUUUACACUUACACACGUAAGUGUAGAGCAGGGUUACAGUUGCCUUAACAAGCAAAAAUACUGGCUUUUGCGCAGGUUCAAACUUUACUCAAGGUAGUAAAAUUGUGAUUUAAUGAGGGCAACAAUUUUACACAGUCAGUACUAAACAAGAAAAACGAGUGUUAUUUACAUACAUCAUGUUGAGACAGAUCUAAUAACAAACGAUUCACUCUGUAUUUAUAUAACCUUUACAUUUUUAUCUUUUCUCUAGUUGUUUUUUUCCUCCACUUGUCCCAAUUUAUAAUCUAAUCACCUUAAGCUGUUCACUAUGAAUAUAUCAAUGAAUAUAUCUGAAUGUCAUGGUGGAAGGAAGGUGAAAGUGCAUGUAAGAAUCCCAAUGGUCCUGUUUUGUGUGUGAACAGAUGUUAAAGUAAAUGAAAUGAGUGAAUAAAAGCACUAGAGCAUA